AUGGCUUCCUUACGUGCUGUACUGGGGCGUCGUCUGCCUUCGAACACCCCCCGCUUUGUGCUUGCUCGUCCGUAUAGCAGCUCUUCGACUCCGAGUACGGAAAACCCAGUCCCCGCCAGCGACCCUAAGGCCCAGGGCAAAGAGCGACAUGUCUCUCCAGUGUCCAAGACAAACGAGACCAAGACUUCACCGAUUGGGAGUCACGAUGGUGCUUUGCAAGAGACUACUGAGCAGGGCGAAUAUCUCCGUGUUACGCAAGCCCCAAAUCGACAAAGUCCCAACCGGUCCACGGGAAUCUGGAGUCCGAGUCAACAGCCAAGGGCAGUAGCUAUGAGUGGACCGAGAUUCGAGCAGACAAUUAUGUCGGACCAGCCCCGGCCUUAUGCUGCCAUUGAACUUAUUCACAAGCAACCUGUUCGCUGGACGAAAGAGCGCAUCGUAUCAUGUGACGGUGGUGGUGGUCCUCUUGGACACCCCCGCAUUUUCAUUAAUGUGGACAAACCACAAGUUUGCUGGUGCACAUAUUGUGGACUUCCCUAUGCGCACGAGAAACACAGAGCGUACCUCGAAACUCUACCAUCAACACCAUACCCAUUAGAUCCUCAAGGCACCGCAGCCGAGGUCUCACCUAAGCAAAGGGUCACGGAUGAGGUCCUCGGACAGCGAUAGUGCAGCAAUUAAGCGCACAUAGCUUGCAGAUGUAUAUAUUUUACAGUGUGUCCUAUUAUUCUGGCCACGAGGCGGCUUGAAUCGCUGCAUCAUCUUCUUAUCAAAGCCUUCCAUGCCAUGCAGCUACACAUACGCAGCUGUCGCCAUCUGUCCAUUAGAACCAGCUAGGCCUAUCACUUUCACAUCACGCUUUCUCUCCCUGGAUCGUAGCCACAACCUUCCUCGAAUGUCUGCUUGCCCUAAAUUCCAAGUACCAAAUGCCCUGCCAUGUCCCCGUCGCCAACCGACCAUUGCUGAUUGGAAUUGUUACACUGGCGCCCACAAGCGCCGACUUGAUAUGCGCCUGCAUAUCAUCAC